UAGGGCAGAAGGAGAAGUCGGCGCGGAGAUUGGAGAGGUUCGCGGCAGGGGGACGGAAAAGUUGGCAUGGAGGAUGGAGAGGGGUAAAGGCAGAGGUAGAAGUAAGUCAGCAUCAAGAAUGAAGAGGGUUUCAAGGAUAAGAGUUUGAAAUGGCAGACGGGUUGAUGAUGUACGAAACCCAGUUCUUUGGGUUUUCUCCACAGACCUGCGUUCUUCGAGUUCACAGUGGAAUUCAGGAUUCUCUGCUUGACGUGAUGCUUGUUGUUGAACGAGUAAUCCAUAAGAAACUGAAGGAGCUACCAGACAACAGGGUCACACCAUCUCAGCUCCGUGCCUGUACAGAGAGCUUUCUCCAGUUGAUGAAAGAACGUUUGGACUUGAUCUUCGAAAGGGUUGAACAAGGAAUUCUGCAGCAUAUAUUUUAUAUUCCUGAAAAUAUUCUGCUUCCUGAAGACAGCGUUCAGGAACAGCACGUGUACACAGAGAAACAGUACCAGGAGAUGCAGAUGGAAAUUGCUCAGCUUCAACAGAGCUACAAAUGUGAAAUGAUGGCUAAGCAUGCCCUUCUGAAUGAGUUAGAAGAGCAAAAAAUGACUGAGAUUAAAUUAGAACAGAGGGUUCACUGGUUGAACAGUUUAGACAAUACAUGGAAGAAUAAUGCAGUUAGCAGCAUUCCUGAGAGCCUGACCUUUGUUACAGAGUUGGCCCAAGAAAUUCCAGCUGUGCUUGCAAAAAUUGAAGAAAAAUACAAGGAUGAAAUAGAGCAGAAGCAAGCUCUGGGUGCACGAACAAAAGGUGAAGAAAGCAAUUGGAAGCAGCACAAAAUGAAAUUAGGUCAUGAGUAGGAAGUGCAGUGGAAUUUUUUUUUCCUCUUUGGAUCAUGUUACACUCUAGAAUGGAGGGCUGUGAAUGUCCUAACUGCAAAAUGCACAGCAAUUCUUGCUCUUAUCCUCGGUGCAGAACACAAAACUUGCUUUAGACUUCGACAUUUUAUUUGCUGUUAUUCAAAGGGCAUGAGGAUGACUAGUGUAUGAGAUUCUCAAUGCUGAGCGGUAGUUUGAGUUCUUCAGGAAAUUAAAUGUUAAUCGGUCUAUAUAGUCAAAACUCAUUAACACUUGUUGUAUGUGGUUAAAGUCAUUUUAAAGUGGAGUUUGCCGCGGUCAUAGCCUUAAUUCCAUUUUAAAUAUAUCUCAAAUAAAGCCAAAUUCAGGACAUGUUCUCAGGAAUAUGCAUUCGUAUUGGCUAUAAAGAGAAUGGCAACUUUAUGUUCAUAGUUAUAAACAAUUUCAGGAUCUAGAUGAUUAAGAAAGGGAAGUGGGUACUACUGUUGGUUAAAGAAACAAUCACAGUUGUGAGAAGAAAUAAAAUGUGAGAAGACAAAAAAUGA